GUGUUCAGUAUUUGUCUGAGAUUAUUCGGAUAACAGUGUCGUCGGUGAUUUGGUCAACGGUGCGGCAUUAAAAAGCAGUCUCAAACUAUUUCACAUCUAAACAAGUUACUGUGUGACAUGUCUUCAACCAGGUGACAGUAUUUGUCGCAGCAAAUUCUUCGGAUGCCACCAAAAAGUGGACACGCAUACACCCAUCUAGAGCUCAAUGAGUAAUGAACCCAUUCUGGAGCAUGUCGACAAACGCUGGUCGUAAGAGAUCUGACGCUGAAGAGCAGAGUGGUCCAGGGGAGCAGAGAGCCAGUCCAGCUCGUCCUUCGUUUGGUAAGAAACAGCUUCCCUCCAUCCCGAAGAAUGCCAUCCCCAUCACUAAAGCUGCCUCUCCGGCCUCAACACAGUCUGCCAAUGGCACCCACGCCUCGUACGGCCCUUUCUACCUGGAGUACUCGCUGCUUGCUGAGUUCACAUUGGUGAUCAAGCAGAAGCUCCCUGGUAUCUAUGUACAGCCUUCAUACAGAUCAGCACUGAUGUGGUUUGGUGUGAUUUUCAUUCGACAUGGCUUGUACCAAGAUGGUGUUUUUAAGUUCACCGUCUACAUUCCUGAUAACUACCCAGAUGGAGAUUGUCCUAGGGUUGUUUUCGACACCCCAGUUUUCCACCCACUAGUGGACCCGGUCUCUGGCGAGCUGGAUGUGAGAAGAGCUUUCACCAAAUGGAGACGAAACCACAACCAUAUCUGGCAGGUUCUUAUGUACGCCCGUACAAUCUUCUAUAAGAUCAACACUAUGGAUCCGCUCAACCCAGAGGCUGCUGUGCUGUAUGAAAAAGACAUCCAGCUCUACAAAAGCAAGGUGGUAGACAGUGUCAAGCUAUGCAAUAGUCACCUGUUCGAUCAGCCCAAGAUCGAUGACCCUUAUGCAAUAAGCUUCUCUCCGUGGAAUCCAGCGGUGCAUGAAGAGGCAAAAGAGAAGAUGUUUGCACAUAAAGUGAGUGUGUGACGCUCCCCUGACUGCUCCUCACAACCAACGGCGACCAGAUGAUUAUAACAAAGGAUUGCCAGUGUCUGGGCUGUCUUGGGUGAAGCCUGGUUCCACUCAGCCUUUCAGCAAAGAAGACAACCCCCUUCAGACGUGAACCUUCAGUGCUUCUGUCUGUCCACCAGGAGGGGCGCUAUGCUACUGUGGCUGCGCCGAACCACAUGUAUAGAAUUCUGAUGCAGUUCUAUGAACUUCAUCUUCAUUCGCAAAACCCUUGCUCAGCUUUAAAAGAAAAUCAUUUUAAACUGCUUUAAUGGCUUCAGAACUAUAGACAUGUUCCCGGUAUAGAACUAAAGACCCCACUCGUUCAUUUCAAUGCUGAGGCUUGAACGCACAGAUGGCACAGAGAUGGUUCUAGCCAAUAAUGUUACUUGCACAUGUUUUCAGGCACAACAAACCACCUCACUUAUUUGUGUAGGUCAUGAUCUUCUAAAUGAUGAACUUGGUUUUCUAACAAAUAAUUUGAUAGUUUCCUUUUGGUUUUCCUUUCCCCACAAACUUGGUUAAUAGUCUUAAUGU